AUGCCUGCCCCCAGAAGAUUUGUUGUGGCGUCCACGUCGCUGCCGCUGGCACUGGGCUGGGGCUGGAACCUGAGCUUGUACGUGGGGAUGCUUCUCGGUCUCCUGAUGCUCAUGAUGCUUCUCCUCUGGAUGCUUCUCAAACAGCUCAGUAACUCGGUGGCAAAAUCGAUGCUGCAGCCCGCGUACCGAGGCAGCGUUAGACCUUACGUCAACUUUAAUGCCAAACAUGAUGCUGAAAUCCUCCAUAAGGCCAUGAAAGGGAUGGGUACAGAUGAAGAUGCCAUCCUCAUGCUUCUUACAGCCCGCAGCAAUGAUCAGCGCCAGCAAAUUAAGGCAGCAUAUAAAAAGGCCUACGGAAAGGACUUGGUCAGUGCACUGAAAUCUGAGCUCGGUGGACUGUUUGAGAGUCUUAUUGUGGCUCUGAUGACCCCAUCUGUCUUAUAUGAUGCUACUCUCCUGCACAACGCUCUCAAGGGUGCCGGGACUGAAGAUGAAGUGCUAAUUGAGAUCCUGGCCUCAAGGACUGGCGAGCAGAUUAAAGAAAUCACCAAAGUGUACAAGAAAGAGUUUGGCGGAAAGCUGGAGAAGGAUAUCUGUGGUGACACCUCAGGGCACUAUCAGAAACUGCUGGUGAUCCUGCUGCAGGGGAGUAGGGAGGAGGGAGUAGACGAGGAAAAGAUCGAGAAAGACGCUAAGGACUUGUAUGCUGCUGGUGAGGGAAAGUUUGGCACAGAUGAGGAAAAAUUUAUCACAAUUCUGGGCAACAGGAGCGCUGAACAUCUCAGAAAAGUAUUUGCUGCCUACAAGAAGCUUUCUGGCUCUGACAUAGAGGACAGCAUUAGAGGCGAGACCACUGGGAAUUUGGAGAACUUGCUGCUGGCUGUUGUGAAAUGUGCCGGGAGCAUCCCAAACUUCUUUGCUGAGAGACUAUAUAAAUCUAUGAGGCGAGCUGGAACUGAUGAUGACACUCUGAUGAGGAUAAUGGUGUCCAGGAGUGAGGUGGACAUGUUGGACAUCAGAGGCAGUUUCAAGAAGAUAUACGGACAGUCUCUGUACACCACCAUCCAGAUGAAGUGA